GCCCCUGUUAUAACAAGUGUUGAAUGACCGGUUGUGCCAACUCGACUGUCUGUUGAGCGCAUGGCAUGCAUGGCAUUGCGUGUGUAGUGUGCGUCCGCUAUCGUUGUGCAAACGUUGUCUGCGCGCAAGCAGUGGUAUUUUUUUUUCUUCAGAUGACAACAAACAACGACAAAAUAUGGCCCCUUCUUUAACGGAGCUGAGGAAGCUUCGAGUGGUGGAUCUUAGGGAAAGGUUGCAGCAGCUGGGCCUUGGAACUUCAGGGUUGAAAAAUGAUCUCGUGGAAAGACUGUAUAAGUUCUACCAAGAUCAAGAGCUUCAAAGUCAAGCUCACACUGAGCCCCAAGAGGCUCCUGGUAGUUCUCAUCAAGAGGAAGAAGCCCCUUGCAUGUCACCACCCCAUGGGCUUCUCCAGCAACAGCAGCAGCAGCAGCUGAUGUUCCAGCAGCAGCAACAACAGCAGCAGUUAUUACAUCAACAGCAAAUCCUGGCGGAGCAGCAACGGCAGCAGCAGCUCCAAGAGCAGCACAGUAUAUUAGAACAACAGAAACAGAUGGUAUUUGAGGAGCAACAAAGGCGGCGAUUGGCGGAGCAGCCGCAGCAGCAGCAACAACAGCUUCAUGAGCAGCUUCGAGUUCAACAGCUGGAAGAGCAGCAGCGACAGCAGGCCCUAGCUGACCAGGCCCAUCAACAGCUGUUGCAAGAACAGCAGCAACAGCAGCUGUUGGAACAGCACCGCCUUCUGGAGCAACAACGUCUCAAGCAGCAAGAAGAAGAAGAAAGACAGUUGAUAAUUGAGCAGCAGAAGGAAAAGGAGAGACACCAUCAACAGCAACUUGAAGAACAGGAGCGUCAAAGGCAGAUGAUGGAAGAUCAAAUUCGCCGGCGACAGUUACAGGCCAUAGAAGAGCAACGUCAACAGCAAAAGUUGCUGGAAGAGGAGAGACAAAAGGUUCUGAUUGAAGAACAGCACCGACUUCUGCAGCAGCAGGAACUGGAAGAGCAGCAAAGACAGCAGCAGAUGUUAGAGCACCAAAGACGACAGCAGCUUGUUGCAGAACAACAACGCAUUCUUGAAGAACAGCGCCAGCAGCAGCUGAUUGCAGAGCAGCACAGAUUACUGGAAGAGGAACGACAGAGAGAAGAGGUGGAGAAGCAACAGCAGCUUAUCAUGGAGCAGCAGCGACUGAUGGAGGAGCAGCGACUGAUGGAGGAGCAGCGACUGAGAGAGGAGCAGCGACUGAGAGAGGAGCAGCGACUGAGAGAGGAGCAGCACCAGCAACAGGCUCUGGAACAGCAGCGAUUGAUGGAAGAGCAGCGACUGAUGGAGGAGCAGCGACUGAUAGAGGAGCAACACCAGCAACAGGCUCUGGAACAGCAGCGACGAAGGCAACAAGAAGCUGUUCAGCAGAUGGAAGAGGAGAAGCGGAGGCAAGCAGUAAUCCAGCAGCAAGAGGAGCAGCUACUCCGUGAAAAGCAACAGCAAGAGGCUGCAGCAAGACAAGAGGAGAUCAACCGCGCAAAGCAAGCUGAGCUAGAAGCCCAACAGCUUGCAGCAGCAGCCGAGCUAGCAGCCAAGGAAAGGGAGGCUGAAGAGAGGGUCCUCGCUGAGCAGCAGGAGUUGAUCGAGAGAGAGAAGCAGCGACUGCUGCAGCAGCAGCAGGAAAGAAUCAGGCAGCGUCAGGAAGAGAAGUUGCGCCAAGAUGAGGAAACGAGACAGAAGGUCCUUCAGCAACAGAAGAUGCUUGAAGAACAGCAAAGGGCUGAGAAGCAACGCCAGAUGAUGUUGGAAAAGCAGAAGCAAGAAGAAGAGCAAGCCAAAGAGGCAGAGCUACUACGUCAGCAGCAACUCGCCGUGGAGAUGCAACGGCACGAGGAGGAAAAGGUCCAACAGCAGAAGGACAUGCUGCACCAGCAUAAGAACAGAUCUCCUCUUUUGCCGACUCCUCAGAGGGGUCAAAGAAGCCCACCAGGAGGACCCCCUGGAGUAGGUCGCCAUGGACCCAGUAGGGGGAUGGGACCACCAGGAACAUCAGAUCCAGAUAUCGACAGCCCAUCUCGACAAGACGAUGACCAAGAUGAUGAAGAUGAGAUGAAAGCUGAUAUUGAACUACCCCAAGCCUUGGAGAAAGUACUUGCCUUCAAGAACGUCCGAGCUCAGGAGCUUGGAGUUUCCAAUGAAGGAGACUCGUUGGAGUUUGAGGGUCGUCGAAUGGAAUCAGAGGAACGAGAUGCAGAAGAAGAGGAGGACCUUGAACGAGAGGAAGAUGACGAAGGCUUUGAGGAAGCCUCUUCUGAGGGCCCAUCUCAACAGAACAAGAAACUGACCAAAAAUCAAAGACGUAAGAAGAAGAAGAAGAGAAGGAAUGCCGCCAAGAGAGCUGAACAGAAGCAGUCUGCUGAGCAUGGUCAGUCUGAAGCCAAGGAUGUUGAUAGUGACCCUGGGGUAGAGGUGGAGUACGUCCCUGAGCCAAUCAACAUGAGUGACCCCGCCGUCAGGCAGUUCAGCAGAAUCUUUGAGGCGUUCAAGUUGUCUGAGCCAGCCAAGCCAGAGAGCAAAGUAGAAGUGAAGGUGGAGAAACAGCCAGAGAAGAAGAAAGAUGAACCUAAGAAGACGUCGGAUGAUGACGACUCAGAUUCAGACUCCGACAUGGAAAGGGACAACAAUGACGACGGUCCGAGGAUGUCCAAGAAGAAGAUGCGCAAGAUGAAUCGUCUGAGUGUGGCUGAGCUGAAGCAGCUUGUACACAGACCAGAUGUGGUUGAGAUGCACGACGUCACAGCCAGGGACCCUAAGCUUCUUGUCUAUCUCAAGGCCUACAGGAACACCGUGCCAGUGCCAAGACAUUGGUGUUUCAAGCGGAAGUAUCUACAGGGUAAACGAGGUAUCGAGAAACCCCCCUUUGAGCUGCCAGAGUUCAUCAUGAGGACUGGCAUCAUGGAGAUGAGACAAGCCCUGCAGGAAAAGGAAGAGCAGCAGACAAUGAAGACUAAGAUGAGACAAAAGGUCCGGCCCAAGAUGGGAAAGAUUGAUAUCGACUACCAGAAACUUCAUGACGCCUUCUUCAAAUGGCAAACCAAACCAAAGAUGACCAUCCAUGGUGACCUGUACUAUGAGGGGAAAGAGUUUGAGACAAGACUGAAAGAGAAGAAGCCAGGAGAGUUAUCAGACGAUCUCAAGACGGCUCUAGGGAUGCCCAUUGGUCCUAAUUCCUUGAAGUACCCACCGCCUUGGCUGAUCGCAAUGCAGAGGUACGGGCCGCCACCCUCCUACCCUAAUCUGAAGAUUCCAGGGCUCAAUGCACCCAUCCCAGAGACUUGCUCCUUCGGUUAUCACGCUGGAGGAUGGGGUAAGCCGCCAGUUGAUGAAAUGGGUAAACCCUUGUAUGGAGAUGUCUUUGGUACCAAUGCAGGAGAUUUCAAGGAGGAAGAAGAAGAAGAAGAGGUUGACCACACCCGAUGGGGUGAGCUAGAGAGCGAGUCAGAGGAAUCUUCCUCCGAGGAAGAGAGCGAAGAGGAGGAGGAUGGGGAGGUUGAUGAGACGGGUCUUAUCACGCCGGCAGACGGUGGUUUGAUCACUCCCAGCGGCCUGACCUCAAUCCCGGCUGGCAUGGAGACACCCGAGAUGAUCGAACUCCGCAAGAGGAAGAUCGAGGACGCCAUGGACCAGGGAGGCGAGACCCCGUCACUGUACACCAUCCUCCCUGAGACGCGAACAUCAGUGGGCGGGGCCAUGAUGGGAUCAGCCCACGUCUACGACACAUCAGCGGCCAAGAAGGUUGGAGGGACUGCCGAGGGUGUGGCCAUCACCCUGGACCCCAGCGAGCUGGAUCUGGAUACAGCAGCAAUGGCGGCCAAAUAUGAGCAGCAAGUACGAGAGCAACAGAGUCAGCUUGAGAAGGAAGACUUCAGUGACAUGGUGGCUGAGCAUGCCGCUAAGCAAAAGAACAAGAGAAAGAAGCAGAACCAAGACAGCGGAAAAGCAGCAAAGAAAUACAAAGAAUUUAAAUUCUAGAAACAGUCAGGGUGGUAUUUUGUAUUUUUGUUUUCAAAGAUCGUUAGUAGAGCUGUUUGUUACCCCCCCCCCCCACCCCAAGUAAAAUUCUUCUGGGUAAAUAGUAAAUGUUGGGCUAACAAUAUUUCUUUGCAAGCUCAGUGGUCUAGUGGUAAAACCUUUUCUCUAGAAUGGCAAAGGCCGCGGGUUGGAAUCCCACCUGAGUAAUAACAACAUGGGAUUUUUUUUUUACAAGGGGAAGUACAGGGGAAUGUAACAAGCUUAGCACACAGCAAUGUAUUGUUGAAACACAAAUAUAUGUAAUAUUCUUUAUCCCGAUGCAAAGCACUUCGAAACGGUUUGGGUUUGGGCCAGUGUUGGUGAAGGAGGGAAAAUGUGUCUGUGAUUUGGUUAGAUUGUUUGUUUUUUUGUGGUUUUUAUUUUAGCUUAGCUGUAAAUUUAUCUGUGGCAUCAUUAUACAUGUUUCCUCUUCAUCACCUGAUACUGUACUAGGUCGUUUAUACUGUAUAAAGAAUUAAUCUUGAAGCAUAUUUUCCAUUCCUAGAGGUACAUGUAAUACCCAGGGACUGGUUUUGUUUUUUUAAAUCAAGAAGUAAAUUUGAUUUUCCCCUGGCAGGUCAAUUUUUAUAAGGUUGGCUUGUGAACAAUUUUGCCAAGCACAGACAAAUCUAGUCUGUAUAUUAGGAGGAAUUAGCAUUCUCCCUGAUUCUGCAUAAAGUUUCCUGAAAAUAAACCAAUCUUUGCAUAUUCAGAUGGGCAAAUUUGAAAACUCACUUAUUACGAAACUUCUCCCUAUUAUGUUGAAUGUAAUUCUAAAUAUCUCACUGAUUGUUGUCCACAGUCUUCUUGAUUGCAAGAUCCAAAUGUUUGGCAGAGCUAAAUUGGUCUUCUAGCCAGAAUGUGUAUUAUACACCCAAGCAUGAUUUUCUUCCUACUUCAAUCUGAUUUCCUGGUUGGUGGUUUGGGUUUUUUUUUUGCCCUGAAAGAACAAAUCACGGAAGUUAUUAACAAAUAGUCUGAAAAGCCUGUCUAAACUCGUUCUCACAAUAAAAAGUGUUCUACUUUUUUUUCCAAGGGUCAGAUAUCUAUCUGCCUGGUACCUCAAGUACGUGGUGGUUGCAUGGUGUGAAUUUCCUUCUGAAGAAUCUCUAGCUUGAUAAAAACCAAGACCAGGGGUGGAUUUCACAAAGGUAGUCCUAACUUAGGGGUAGUCCUAACUUAGGACUAGUCCUAGGCAAUGCUAAGAGAUAUGACUGGUCCUAAGUCAUAAACACUGGAAAAUGGCAGUGUUUGAGAUUAUUUAGUUGGAGUUUAGAAAACGAAAACAAGUUUCGAUUUAGGAAGUUUUCCUAUUUGUGUCUAUCAUGCCAAAUGCUGUACUUGGACUAUAAAAACUUUGCUUCGGAAUACAUAAAUGAAGAAAUUAUGUUGUUAAAAUGUACUAUUAAUGUACCGUCUCAAUAAGCUGGUUUGAAAUAAAAUGGUGAAGCCACACGUACUGAACAGGAA